UACCAAUGGGAAGUCUUCCUGGCUGCAGCGGCGUUGGUCUAGUAUCCCAAUCCUCCUGCUCCGUGGCAAAUGUCCGGGUGCCUGUAAAGUGUAAACCCAUCAGGGAUGAUAAUGUCUUAACUAUCCGUGCAGGGGAGGCUAUAGUCGAGUUGAUAAGAUUUAAUAUCAAAGAAACAUCGGAGACUUUCGCUACCUACAGGAAUCUAUCUAUAUCUGGAGAGAAUCGGACGCAAGAAGCCUGUGGUGAUCUUGGUGCUUGUUCUUCGGAUCCGAGCUCUAGUCAUCGUGUUUAUAGCUCCAGGUUCUAUUCAAUGUGGGUAUUGAACGUUCUCACACUGUCGGAUAAAUAAUAUAAUACUACGCAAGACUCCGUAGUUGCAGGUGGAACAGGUUGCGUCCGUAGCUGCCCUAGGUCCUAGGAUGCCAAACUAAAAAAGAAAAGAAAAGAAAAGAAAAGAAAAGAAAAGAAAAAAGGUGAUAAAAAAGGGAAGAAAUGGGUCACAGAAUGAAUUUCCCUAAGAAGGAUGUGUGAAAGGCCAGAUGUCAUCCUUCUCGAAUGCUAACUGGCUGAGAGAUGGGAUCAAAACUUCAACCCCAUCAGACAUGCUUAACCCAGCAUGGCCAUGAUCCUACCGAGUAUA